AUGGACACGGUCGAGAAGAUCGUCGAGGACUUCGCCUCGGACAUCGCCCUGAGCCCCUUCUCCUCCGGGACGAGCCUCCGGGAGAUGAUACGCGCGAUACGCGCGUGCAAGACGGCGGCGGAGGAGCGCGCGGUGGUGCGGCGGGAAUGCGCAGCGAUACGCACGGCCAUCAGCGAGAAUGAGCCGGAGCUCCGGCACAGGAACAUGGCCAAGCUCAUGUUCAUCCACAUGCUCGGCUACCCCACCCAUUUCGCCCAGAUGGAGUGCCUCAAGCUCAUCGCGGCCGCGGGGUACCCGGAGAAGCGGGUGGGCUACCUCGGCCUCAUGCUGCUCCUCGACGAGCGCCAGGAGGUGCUCAUGCUCGUCACCAACUCCCUCAAACAAGAUCUCAACCACACGAACCAGUUCAUCGUGGGCCUUGCACUGUGUGCUCUUGGGAACAUCUGUUCUGCUGAAAUGGCGCGGGAUCUUUCACCUGAAGUGGAGAGGUUGAUGCGCAGUAGGGAAGUCAAUACAAAGAAAAAGGCUGCUUUGUGCUCUAUAAGGAUUGCCAGGAAAGUGCCAGAUUUGGCAGAGAACUUCAUGGGACUGGCUGCAUCAUUGUUGAAGGAAAAACACCAUGGGGUUCUUAUAUCUGCAAUUCAGCUCUGCACUGAACUAUGCAAAGCAAGCAGAGAUGCUCUAGAGUACCUGAGAAAGAACUGCAUUGAAGGUUUGGUGCGCAUACUGAGAGAUGUGUCCAAUAGUUCAUAUGCUCCUGAGUAUGAUGUUUCUGGCAUUGUUGAUCCAUUCUUGCAUAUUCGAGUCCUUAAACUUUUGCGGAUCUUGGGUCAAGGAGAUGCAGACUGCAGUGAAUAUAUGAAUGAUAUUCUUGCUCAGGUUGCAACAAAAACUGAGUCCAACAAGAAUGCUGGAAAUGCCAUUCUGUAUGAAUGUGUUCAGACUAUAAUGGGUAUUGAAGCUACUAGUGGUUUGCGUGUGCUGGCAAUCAAUAUUUUGGGUAGAUUCUUGUCUAACCGUGAUAACAAUAUAAGAUAUGUUGCUCUUAACAUGCUUAUGAGGGCCAUUGCGGUUGAUGCACUAGCAGUUCAGAGGCACAGAACAACAAUAUUAGAGUGUGUAAAGGAUGCCGAUGCCUCCAUUCGCAAAAGGGCUCUUGAGCUUGUUUAUUUGUUAGUCAAUGAUACAAACGUAAAGCCUUUGACUAAAGAGCUCAUUGAUUACUUAAACAUAGCGGAUCCAGACUUUAUAGGAGAUCUCACAGUAAUGAUAUGCUCUAUAGUUGAAAAGUUUUCUCAAGAGAAGUUAUGGUACCUUGACCAGAUGUUCAAGGUUUUAUCUCUGGCUGGAAAUCAUGUGAAGGAUGAUAUAUGUCAUGCCCUUAUUGUUGUACUAAGUAAUACAGCAGAGUUUCAAGGAUAUUCAGUGAGGUCAUUGUAUAAGGCCUUACAAUCAUAUGGUAAACAGGGAAGUUUAGUAAGAGUAGCUGUUUGGUGCAUUGGUGAAUAUGGUGAAAUGCUGGUGAACAAUGUUGGCAUGCUGGACAGGGAGGAGCCAAUUAAGGUAACAGAAUCUGAUGCUGUGGGUGCCGUAGAGUUCGCUCUUAGCCGCUACUCAGCAGAUGUGACAACUGGAGCUAUGUGUCUGGUUGCUCUUCUGAAGCUCUCCUCACGAUUUCCUUCGACGUCAGAGAGGGUCAAACAAAUAGUUGCCCAGAAUAAAGAGAAUGUUGUGCUUGAACUACAGCAAAGAUCAAUUGAAUUCACUUCCAUUAUACAAAGACAUCAGUCUAUCAGAUCAUCCUUGCUUGAACGCAUGCCUGUAUUGGAUGAAGCUAGUUAUCUGGUGAAGCGGGCUACUGCUACACAAACAACUAUUUCAGCAGAUAAACUUGCCCCAGCAGUCACUCCUGGAAGCCUUAAGCUUCCGAAUGGUGUAGCGAAACCCACCUCAGCUCCUUUAGCUGAUUUACUUGAUUUGAGUUCUGAUGGUGCCCCAGCUUCAACUGUUGCUUCUACUACGACACCUAAUGAUUUUUUGCAAGAUCUUCUGGGUAUUGGUGGAGUGAGUUCAUCAACGACAGGUGUAACUUCGACCGCAAGCACAGAUAUUCUUAUGGAUCUUCUGUCCAUUGGAUCAUCUCCAUCACAGAAUGGCACCCCCGUAACAGACUUCCGUCAUCCUGGACAAGAGUCUAAACCUGUUCCUGCUGUACCUGAAGCUAUUGACCUCCUUGGUAGUUUGUCACCAGCAGAGACUAAACCCACACCAGUGGUACCUCAGGACAUGGAUCUGCUCGAUGGUUUGUCAUCAAAUACUUCUGUUUCUGGCCUUGAGAAUACAACCCAUCCAUCAAUAACAGCUUUCCAGAGUGCAACCUUGAAGAUCACGUUCGAUUUCAAAAGGAAGCCUGGAAACCCACGAGUGACUACAAUUCAUGCCACUUUUACAAAUUUGACAUCUAGUACUUUUACAGAUUUUAUUUUUCAGGCUGCUGUUCCAAAGUUCAUCCAAUUGAGACUGGAUCCGGCUAGUGGCAACACUGUUCCAGCUAAUGGAAAUGGUUCAGUCACACAAGGGCUCAAUGUCACCAAUAACCAACAGGGACAGAUUAUAGUAGAAUUGGCAUAUGCUCAUACAAGCUACUUGCUGGCAUUUUUUAAUUUACAUGUACUUCCAUAUCCAACACCAUUCCCAUCAAUGUGCCUGUGA